AUGCAUCCGCCAGUCAAUCUACUCUUCACUGCGAUAGUCGCGCUUGUUCUCAUCGACGACACGGUCUCCACGAAACCGACGACGACCUUGGUCAAUCUUCUGCCUCCCCACUUCAGUGAGCUCACGCAUAUCCCUCCAUCAUUGCGAGCACUAAAUUAUGCCCGUGACAAAGCAAACGCAGAAAGCGAGAAGGCUGUAGCAGGUUCAAUCAUUGAUGCGCUGGUCAAGGGGAUAACAUUGCGUAUCGAAAAAGUGUUUGGUAAGAAACUAGUGACACCAGAGGAACAGGCGCAGAAUGGGCUCGUACCGCCUGGCAAGUUGCGAGAGGGUCAAGACUUCGACGCCUGGCUGACGAAAGCUGCAAGGAAACUUAAUGACAAACCGGACGGUUUGUUCGAUUUCUGGUUGUACAAAGGAAUGAGUCCCGACUUCGUUACCCAUGCGUUCAAGGAAGCUGGCAAAGCUGAUCACCCCGCUGCAAAGCUUCUGAUGACCCACUACCGAUCAGUCUUUGAGCGAUACAAAGAGAAAGGCUGGAUCAUAACGCGAGAGAUAAAGGCGGCGCGGGACGAACUAUUGAGACUCGGUGGGGCGAAAGGUGACUUCGACGAAUGGCUAAAAGAUGUUGUAAAAGUAGACAACGACUUCCCGGAUGCUUUGUUUGGCACAUGGCGCAAGGAAAACAAAGCACCCGACUGGAUUGCUGAUAAGUUUAAGGAAGCUGGAAAAGCGGAGGAUGCCACCGCAAACUUUCUGGUGAAGAACUACCGAGAAUUUUCUAAGUUUGAGGACAUGAUGGCAACAGCAAACUUGUAG